GCUUUGGUCGCUCAGACGGUCAGUUGGAUGGAAAGGUGACACAUACUACAGGAUGUACCUCUGAUUUGGUAGCUCCCAAAAACAAUGGCAGUUCCGGAUUUACCUUCUGUGCCAGGACGUGUACCGACAAUCUUUGCAACCUUUACAGUUGUAUGGGAGAAAAUGUCACGCGGCCGGUUCGGUGUUUGGAAUGUGACAUGGCAGCAAGUCCUGAUGAUUGCACAACUGUAAAACAGUGUGGGUCGAAUGAGGUCUGCUUUGCACAAAAGUUCCAUACCUUUGGAAACAUCAGAUACAGAAUGGGAUGCAUGGAUAAACAGUAUUGCGAUACGCACCCACGAGCACAUGUCCAAACUUUAGUCGGAAGAAGAGCAACGGACGACUCAGACUGUGAUGUUUGUUGUAUGCAAGAUCAUUGCAAUAUUGAUUCAUGUUCUCAAGCAGCAUCGACAACGACCUAUCAAUUGAACUCCCUGUCUCCAAACAAUGGUUGUCAAGACAAGGAUGAAACGAUUUGUGCUACCUUCGGACGACUGAGCCCAGAAAGUUGUAAAGAAACGAGUGUUGUAAAUAAUUGCCCAAAAUCGUGCGAUAUUUGUGACCAUGUCGGGUGGUCUUCUUGGCAGUCCUGGGGAAAAUGUUCAUCCUCAUGUGGACCGGGAACAAAACAUAGAACUAGAAAUUGCAUUCAUAGGGUCGGAAUAGCCGCCGGAUUGACCUGCACAGGGUCACAUUCAGACAGCAGUGGAUGCAACGACCUUCAUUGCCCGAUUCAUGGCGGGUGGUGUUAUCAGGAGGAAAAGUACAACUGUAGACAGGUUACUAUAGCAUAUUCCACGUGUGACACAAGAACUGUGAAAACGACCUGUGGUUGCCCAAGACCACAAUACGGCGGCAAUUGCUUUUAA